AUGGCUGUCCUCAAAGUAAAAUUCACCAAAACAAAGAGGGACAAAUUGGCUCAGAUCCUAUGGAUCCUCAACUGGGUUUCUGUCGUGAGUGGGAUCAUUCUCUUCAGUCUUGGCCUCUUUUUGAAAAUAGAGAUCAAGAAACGCAAUGAAGUGAUGGCAAAGGGGAACAUUAACUCUGUCCCCAACAUGCUGAUCUCUGUGGGGGUCAUAGCAUGUAUCAUCAACUUCCUGGGCGGCAAAAUCUGCUAUGACUGCUCAGAUGCCAACAAAUUCUCUCGCUGGAAACUAGUUAUGCUCCCAUACAUUGUAUGUACCUUCUGUUUUACUUUCUGCAUUCUGGUGGGUGCUCUCAUGUGCUAUGCCAUGAGGAAUGAGCUGGAAGAGUCUCUCUAUCUGGGACUGAGGGAUGCCAUUAAGUACUAUAAGGACACAGACAUACCUGGACGAUGUUUUUUAAAGAAAACAGUGGACUUGUUACAAAUUAGAUUCCAAUGUUGUGGAAACAAUGGAUUUAGAGACUGGUUUGAAAUUCAAUGGGUAUCUGCUCGCUAUCUGAAUAUGGCUUCCAAAGAAGUUGUGGACCGUCUGAAGAGUAACGUUGAUGGCAAGUUCUUGGUGGAUGGAGUACCCUUUAGCUGCUGCAAUCCAAAUUCCCCACGGCCCUGUAUCCAGUACCAGCUUACAAACAACAGUGCUCACUACAAUUAUGAUUUUCUGACAGAGGAGCUGAAUAUCUGGGUGAAGGGGUGCCGAGAAGCCCUGCUAGAUUACUACACGGCUAUUAUGCAAUCCAUUGGUAUUGCAGCGUUGCUCAUCUGGUUGUUUGAGCUCUCUGUACUUAUUGGCGUCCGGUACCUACAAACAGCAAUAAAGAACGUCCUUCUGCUAGGAGAUCUGGAGGGUGAAUCAGAUGGUUGGUUACUAGAAAACAGCUUUGUGGAAACUGCCAAAUACAACAUCAACAUCAUCAAGAACCUUGGCAAAGCCAACCAGAUCUCCACUGUCUCAGGCAUCAGUGACCCCAACAUUGACAUUUCAAACACAAACUGUGGCAAAAACAAUGUUACAGGAAAAUCUAUCCCCACAGCUAGCUAG